AUGCCACUCUUUUGGAAGUAUAUGAGUUGUCCUGUCAAUCCUCUCUUCUGAAUGUCAACUCGUUUCGUUUCAGCCUGAAGAAUACUAAAUACGACGCCCCUCCUUAUGCGGCUUUGCCCGCCGUGACACUUUCCCCCGCGCAUCCAGACGGCUUUUUUCAGCAUAGCCGCAUGCUCUGUCUUCUUUUCUGAAUGCAAUCUCUAUCUCGGAUAGAGUCGUUGUUUGAUAUAACUCGUCAACAGGCAGGCCGCGUCUCUACUUCGUCUGCAUUGCGCCGUGACACUCCUGAGACUGUCAGGCUGGGGUCUAGAUUUCGUGUGGUGAUCCGUCGAGGAAGGAGUCUUUUCAUCCGCAACUCUAGCGCAUUCAAAGGUACGGAUUUAUUGUCACCGACCAACGCGCAUGAACCACCUGCCGGCAUGAGCGGUUCAGACCAUCAAUUUGAUCCCGCCACCAUGGCCGGCUUAUCUGAAGCAUCUCAUGGAUCCGACGACUCCAGUUUCGACAUCUUCGAGUGGUACCCGCGGUACCAAAGUUGUCAAAGAUAUUUCGUCGACUAUGCACAACAUAGCGUCCCCGUUCAGGCGCUGUCGGCCUUUCUCAACAUCCAGCUUCCGUUUCAGAAACAGUCUUUCCCAGUCUUCAAUUCUAGCACCCCUGCUGCAGGGUCGGUUCCGUCGUCUGCGAACCAAACGAUGACGGGCUCUUUAGCUUCUAGUGCAGCAUCAUCAAUCUCUUUGAUUCCUUAUAUUAGACGUCUAGUCGCUACGGGGAUGGACUUUCCUGGAGUUCUGCACGGAUUCUUUGGAGAUGACUGGACGGCCGGUGUAGGACCUUUACAUGAACAUGAGCGUCGAAACUACCUUUUUGCUGCCAAGAGUGGUGGAUGGGCUGCAGUAAAGAAGGAUUACGAUAUGGGACCGGCGGAGACGGUGCCGUUCUUACGACCCUUGCAAGGACCUAUUGAUUCGGAACUUGAGGCUGCCGAGCGAAGUUGGAGUGAAUGGUUAGCGAUGGAGGAUUGGAUGGUUGGGCCUCGAUUCCCGGAUACAUUGCAAGAUUCGUCGUCGUCACAUUCGCGGAAUCGAACGUCGAGAUAAAGAUCUAUUCUAUAUUUCUCACGAAACUACUCACGAUCUCCUACGGCCGUCAUGAUUAUACAGUCCAAUGUGCUUAGCUGCUCGCUCAGCAGAUGCGUUACGAAUCUCUUUAUUACUGAUGACUAUACACACCAACACACCACGAGAGAGACGAAACACCUUAAUCAUUCCAUUUAUCACCUGCCCUGCAUCGACGGAGUUGGCCUUGGAGAACGAUCAGCAUUGACAUGAUUUUCUACCCCAUCAGAGGAGUAGUGGGCUAUGUAUAGAGAUUAGCAUUAAGCGAGUUACGUAUCAUAUAUAAUGGGGGAUUCAAUACAUCACGAUCUGUAUAG